AUGGCGUCUUCAAACCGAUGCCUGUACGAAGUGCUGGGCCUGACCGUCAACUCCUCGCCUGAGGAAAUUCGCUCCGCUUACAAGAAACUAGCUCUCCAAUGCCAUCCAGACAAACUCCUGCGAUCCGGGUUAACUCACCACCAAGCCACCGCUCAGUUCCAAGAACUCAACUUUGCUUAUAGUGUACUCUCCGACCCCAAACAACGCGCCUGGUAUGAUUCUCACCGCACACGGAUUCUUUUCUCCGAUCUUGAUUCGUUCAUUAGUUCUGUCCCUAGUCUUUUCUUCCAUUUCUCCCACCCAGCCUUUCCCGCCUUUUCCGGAUAUUCGGAUUACGAUAAUGGUUUUUACAAAGUGUACUCUGAUUUCUUUGACAAGAUUCAUAAUAACGAAAUCAAUUUCGUCAAGAAAGUAGGGCUAGGAUUGGAAACGGUGCGGGAUGCGCCAAGAAUGGGGAAUUUACAGAAUCCAGUGAAAGCAGUGAGGGAGUUUUAUAAUUACUGGCGCGGGUUCAGUACGGUGAUGGACUUCCGGUGGGUGGAGGGCAAGAUGGCGUUGGAGAGGGAGGAAUUGAGAGGAGAGUAUAAUGAGAGGGUAUGA